CUUCUGACCUCUGGGUGGAGGCCUCCAUGGCCGACACUUGACGAUAUUGACCAUUCGAACAGGCCAGGAGCCCAUUCCAAGCUCUCUCCAAUCUGGCCGUUGCAACACCGUUCUCGAUCACAACAGAGUACGACCGACCCCAAGCGAGCCAGGUGGCCUGACAUUACACGUCGCCCCACAACACGCGAAGCGACACGACGUGAGGUCGGAAGUCCCGACAAAAACUUGCGGCCAUGUCAAUACGAAUUGCCCUCGACAACCAGCCCGAGUUAUACACCAACCUAGAUGUUAUUCAAGGCCGCAUUGUCCUUUCUCUGAAUCGGGCUGAGCAAGUGGGCGGGAUCGUCGUCAAACUUGAGGGCGAAUGCAAGACGGCUCUCACUCUCUCCCCUACCCCUUUCGACCAACCCCACCGCCCGCAACAACCCCGCCUUCCCAGCGCCGGUCCUCCGGGCAGUGUCGUCGACGAGAGCCACAAGAUCCUAUACAAAUUCCAACAAGUGUUUCCAACAUACGAGGAUGACGCUGCCAACAGCUCAGUUGGCGGGAGCUAUGUGCUACAGGGUGGCCUCCACGAGUUCCCCUUCAGGUUCAAGUUACCUCUGAACAAUAUGUGUAGCGACCAGGCCGCCAUGGCAAAAAUGGGAGGGCUUGGCGGGAUAGGCGGGUUCUCUGAUGGAAGCGGCAUCUUCGGUUUGGGAGGUAUGCGCGUCAUGGACGGAAGCAAGCAGCUCUUCCUUCAGCACAUCACCAAGACGCUUCCCCCUUCCUUCACCAGUAUGCCCGGCGCUGCCGAAGUCCGCUACUACCUCAAGGUCACUAUCCAACGUCCUGGCCUCCUCAGAGAGAACUGGCGUUACCAGACCGGCUUCAAGUUCAUGCCCGUCGAGCCACCUCGCCCGCCCCUGACGGGUGAGGAAGUAUUCGCUCGUCGAUCCUUCACUUUCUCACCUCGCGCAUCUACCCCGACGUCCCCGGCACCCACACCCACUCCCACGCCCACGCCCACGCCGGCGAAGAAGCGGAGCCCGUUUUUCGGCUUUAAUAAGGAUAAAGCUCCCGCCCCUAACGGUGGCUCGCCCGCGUCUUCCUCGGAUGCCGCUGUGGUACCCCCCUCCGUCGAGAUCUCCGCCCGCCUACCCCAUCCUUCUAUCCUCACUUGCAACCAGCCCAUCCCGCUACGUAUUCUUGCGAAGAAGCUCCUUCCCUCCCACGAGCAAGUUUACAUUACCUCCCUCCAGAUCGAAGUCAUUGGUAACAUGACCCUGCGAGCCCACGAGAUGCGUUACAGGCAUUCCAACCGAUGGAUUGUGGUGAACCAGACGGACAUGGCCAUACCCGUGCUCCGCGAUCCGAAGUCGGAGGACCUCGGCGUCGAGUCGGUCGUGCCGGAUGACAUCUGGCGCCAAAUUCCCCUCCCCAACACCAUCGGCCCUUCAUUCACGACGUGCAACCUCCAGCGGACGCACGAGCUGGAACUCAAAAUAGGGUUGAGUUGGGGGUUGCCGUCACCGUCCCGAAGCCUCCUCGGUCGCAACAAAGACCCCACGCCUCAGUCGAUCUACCUGCCGUUGCACUUCUCCAAAGUCCAGGUCUAUUCGGGCAUCUCCCCUCCUGGUGGCCUCGCGACUUCGGCACAGGCGUCCGGUCAACUGAGUCCCGCGACGUCGGGAACGACCUCGGCCGUUCCCGUGGAUCCGAGUAGGCCUCCGAGGUUACCCCCACGGACGAACACAAGCCAAAGUCUGUCUGCGCAGCCGCAGCCGCAGCCGCAAACCCAGUCGCAAGCCCAGCCGCAAACCCAGCCGCAAACCCAGCCGGCGCACGAUCCAUUAUAUCCUCCACAAUUAGACCCUUCCGGGCCGUCGUCUCCUUACGACGACGCGCCUCCGAGUUACGACGAAGCCAUGGCCGAGACGGCUACGGGGCCGUCCUCAGGUGGCCCUGCCAAUGGCGACAAGGGGUAGUAAAAUCGCCGCAGGAAAGCAAAAUCAGAGAUAGACAGUAACUCAUUAGUCUAAUAAACAAUAAUGAACGAAAUAGGCUUAACUUGCCUAUUAAUACUGUAUAACUACCACGGAUAUAUAUACUAAGGAAAAUAAUGAACAAAGUGGUACUAGCCCCUUAAAAAAUGGUAUACGGAGGUUAAAUCCAUCCUACAGACACCUAAAGUCAGGAGAGGCGUUUCUGGGGAGGUUAGCACAGAACGUAUGUAUCCCAUGCUGUAUCACUACCCUGCUCAUUACCUUAUUACCCUGUAUCACCUGGGCACAGUGAUCUUCGAUCUAUCUAUCCCCACGUGUUUCUAGAUAGAGUUCUUACUACGUACCUGGUACCUUAGUGAAAUGUUUGUCUAUCUAAAUGUUUC